GUGGAGUUGACAAAUGUGUGAUUGUGAAAUUUGCGGGGUGGGAGCUGAGGCGCUACUCACGAUCUACGCGGUGUCUUAUCGCUCGGAGACAUGUGAGCACUUCUGUAACGAUAAGCUGGCUCGAAGUUUAUUCCCUUAGGUUCUGGUCAUUUGCUCCGCGGGGGGUCUGUUUUCCACCGGCUUGACGUUAGCUAGCCGGCUAACACUUAGCAACUCUCAGCAUAUGACGGACACAUGAGAGCUGCGCGGAGGGCGCCGAGCUGUCAGUCAGACUGCGGCAGAGCGAGGCGGCCACGGCCAUGGCCUCGGCGUGACAGCUGACGCCGGAGCGAGGUCCGCGGGGAUGGAGGCGCACGCCGCCGCCGCCGGCUUCACCUCCUCCUCCGGGGAGCACGAGGAGGCGGACCCGUCCGCUCUCUCCGCCACCAUGUCCAUCGACAGGCUCUUCCCGGCGCUGCUCGAGUGCUUCGGGAUAAUCCUCUGCGGAUACGCGGCCGGGAGGGCGAACGUCAUCACCUCCACUCAGGCGAAAGGCCUGGGCAACUUCGUGUCCAAGUUCGCCCUCCCGGCGCUGCUCUUCAAGAACAUGGUGCUGCUGGACUUCGGUGACGUCAUCUGGCCCUUUCUCUGGAGCAUCCUCGUCGCCAAAGUGUCCGUCUUCUUCAUCGUGUGCAUCCUCACGCUCAUCGUGGCCAGUCCUCAGGGACGUUACAGCAAAGCUGGCCUCUUCUCAAUAUUUGCAACUCAAAGCAAUGACUUUGCUUUAGGGUAUCCUAUAGUUGAAGCCCUGUAUAAGAGCACAUAUCCAGAAUACCUCCAGUACAUCUACCUGGUGGCACCUGUGUCCCUGAUGCUUUUGAACCCCAUCGGCUUUGCCUUGUGUGAAAUCCAGAAGUGGAAAGAUCACGGGAACCACCAGCAGAGCAAGCUGAAAAUAGUGGGGCUCGUAGUCCUCCAGGUCCUGAAGAACCCCAUCGUGUUCAUGGUCAUCGUCGGCAUCGUCGCCCACUUCUUCCUGCACCAGAGAAUUCCCGCUUUCAUGGCUGAAUUCGUGGACGGCUUGGCGAACUCUUUUGGGGGGGCCGCUCUGUUCUACCUGGGUCUGUCCAUGGUGGGCCAGUUGAGAAAGCUCACCAGAUCCACAGUUGUUACACUGAUAUUACUUCUCACUGCAAAACUAUUACUCAUGCCCCUGAUUUGUAAGGACAUGGUGGAUCUGCUAGACACCAGCAGCACCAGUGCCCUGAACCACUCCAGCCUGUCCAAUUAUGCUUUUCUCUAUGGGGUGUUUCCCACUGCACCAAGCGUGGCCAUCUACGCCGUGUAUUACAACGCUGAGCUACAAGUGGUGACCUCUGGGAUGGUGAUCAGCACUUUUCUCUCCGCUCCGAUAAUGUAUGUUUCUGCCUGGCUGCUCACAAUCCCCUGGAUGGAUCCUCAGCGGCUGAUGAAUUCACUGCAGAACGUCAGCUUUAACAUCAGCAUAGUGAGCCUGGUUGCACUGGUGUGGACGAUUGCGGUCAUGUUUUUAAGUAAGAAGUUCAGAAGGCUGCCACACAUGUUUACAGUCAACCUCUUUAUUGCACAGUUUCUAACAUGUGUUGGGAUGAUCCUGUGGAACUUUGUGGUCAAAGAAGAUAACUUCAUCGGGCAGGUCCUGACUUUGACAGUGUUGUGUACCUCGCUCUACAGCACCUACGUGUGGCCAGGUUUAAUAGCUCUGUCUCUUAUCCUCAUGAAAAGAUUUGAGGAUCUGAAAGUGUCACCAGGCCUGUUUGUUGUUGCUGGCUGGGGGGUUCCAGCUUUAGUGACAGCCGUGUUGCUCAUUUCUGGGGAAAAACAGCCUGACACAAUUGACUCUACCUUUUUUUAUGGCAAACAGCAGGUACUGUGCACCACUGUUGUAGUGUCUGUCAGCAUACUGCUGGGAGGAGGCGCCCUCAUAUGUCUCAGCAGAGGAAGUUGGGCCCAGAAUGAUCAAAACCCAGAGGAAAACCCAUCAUUUUGCUCGGCAGACGAUUAUAUGGAUGAAGCUGACCCAGAAACCCAGACUCUGGUGGAACCACUCCCACCAUCAACAGAUCACAACAGAGUGUGCCUCUUAUGUGACUGUGCACCACCCCAGCCCAUGCCCGACAUGAUCGUCAGCACAAAUACCAACCACACGCCGCCCGCUCUCACAGGCGAGUGCCGGGGCGUGUGUGAGUCGACAGACUGCCUGCUCGUGCGGGUGGAGGAGCUGCAGCAGGCUGCAGACAGACAGGUGGCCCGUCACGCGCUCCUCUGUCUGCUUCUGACUGUCAGCCUGCUCGCUAACUUAUCCAGCUGCUUGUGGUUACUCUUGAAUCGCGUUCCUGGGAGACUGUACCUGGAGCUGCAGUUCUUCUGUGCUGUAGCAAACUACGGACAGGGUUUUCUCUCAUUUGCUCUGUUUGGACUGGACAAGCACUGGAUUAUCAUACCUUUUAAGAAGAGAUUACGAAGGAUGUGGUGGGGAAAAGCACAGGAAGAGCAGCUGCCGAGUGAUUUACCUGAAGAUAUCAGGAUGACUUGCACUCAGUUCACCAAAUACCACAAGGACCAGUGUUUACAUGACAUUGUUAAAAAGAGAAGGUGUGGGAAGAGAAAAAUGGUGGGCUGUUUUCUGGGCUGUGAACUUGUGGAGUGGCUUCAGCAGGUGGGCUUGGCACUGGACCGCGGUGAGGCGGUCCUCUAUGGGAUGCGUUUACAGCAAGGUGGGGUGCUCCAGCACAUCAAUCAGGAGUAUGAUUUUCAGGACAGUUACCUUUAUUACCGCUUUAAAGCCUAAAGUCCACUUUGGCAUUUAUGUAUCUCGAGGGAAGUGGCCAUUUCAGCUGAUAGAAAGUGAGGAUGCCCUGCUUUGUUCACACUGUACAUACCAGCAUUUGCGCUGUUGUGUAGCACAGCAUCACAGUGAGCUGCUGGGACACACCAAAACUGACUGUGUUCAUAAACAGAUAUGCAACAUUGAAAAGGAAAAUCCAGGGUAUAAAUAAAUAUCACGUACAGGUAUUUUAGGAUCUUUAGGACUGAGAAAGAACUUUUCAGCCUUUUUGCAUAUUUUUAUGGAUCCAGUUGCUGAAAUUUCAAAAAGCUUUACUAGUUUGUGUUAUUGAAUGAGGUUUUAGAAAUGUCCCCUAACUUCUGGAUGUACAUUACUUCUCAGUUUUGCCAAAGGAAAAAGGGAAAGUGUGGUUAACUAAUAAUUUAAGUUCUGCUUAAGUUAGUUUAAUUUGUUUUUUGAAGGCUGGCUCUGUUAAGGUGCGUGUGUGCGUUCUGCCCCUGCGGGCGAGUGCCGGGGCGUGUGUGAGUACACAGUUCAGUUGGAUAACCGACAAUCUGUAUAACAAACUAUACAAACCUCAAGUAUUGUUGCUUUUGUUGCUAGCAGAUCACAACACUGGUUUUCUAGUGCAAUAGGAACAGUGAGCAAAAACUACUGUAACAUCAAGCCAGUUAAAAAAAAUGUGCAGGGACUUGUGUUAAGCUGCCUUUUGGAGAAAACAGCUGUUGUAAUUAAAUCGUCUGAUUGUAUGAAGAAUGUGUUUAUGAUGUCAUCACACUGAAUAAAAAGAAGUGUUGUGUUAAAAGUUGCUUUUUUUUUUUUUAAUAAAAACUUUUCACAUCUA